AUGAGCGGCAGGAGGAGAGAGGAGCAGAGUGACCCCCUGCUGACAUGGAUGCAAACUUUUCAAGUGUCGGGUCCCUGCACAUCUUAUGAGGACCUGACAGGCGGUGUAGCUAUUGCUCAGGUCCUGAAUGUCAUAGAUCCCAGCUGGUUUAAUGAGACCUGGAUUAUGCGGAUAAAGCCAGACACAGGAGAUAAUUGGAGGAUGAAGGUAAACAACUUGAAGAAAAUCCUUCAGAGUGUUCUGGAGUAUUACCAGGAUGUACUAGGCCACCCAGUUUCGGAGGAUCAUAUUCCAGACGUUACAUUGAUCGGGGAGUUCUCCAACACAGCAGAGCUCAGGAAGAUGGUGCAGCUUGUCCUGGGAUGUGCCAUCAGCUGUGACAAGAAGGAAGAGCACAUCCAGCAGAUCAUGACCUUGGGGGAAUCUGUACAGCAGGCCGUCAUGGAAUCCAUCCAGGAACUCCUGAGUAAGGAACCUUCUGAUGCCGUGACAGCCGACACUUACGUGAACUAUGACAGUCAGUCCCGUAAAUAUUACUACAUCAGUGAGGACACAGAUGAGAAAAGUGACAUCCUGCAGCGCUGUCAUGACUUGGAGCAGCAGGUCUCAGUGCUGAUGGAAGAAAAGAGGAGCCUGAUGUCAGAAAACAGAGCCCUUCGGGACCAGCAGGAGGAGGAAGGAAUGGAUUCGCCUCAAAUGUUUAACAAGAAGAUGCUUCUGCUACAGAGUCAGAUUGAACAGUUACAGGAGGAAAACUACAGGCUGGAGAGUGCACGGGAUGACUACAGGCAGCGGUGUCAGGAGUUGGAUCGGGAGGUCCAGGAUCUACAGCAGCGUAACCAGGAUCUCACAGGGCUCGCACACGAGGCCCAAUCACUGCGGGAUGAGAUGGAUGUGCUCAGGCACUCCUCGGAUCGGGUGGGGAAGUUGGAAUCUUUGGUAGAGUCAUACAAGAAGAAACUGGAGGAUCUGGGUGACCUGCGCCGCCAGGUGAAGCUCCUGGAGGAGAGGAAUACAGUUUACAUGCAGCGCACCUGCCAGCUGGAGGAUGAGCUUCACAAGGCCCAUGCAUCUCGUGGACAGCUGGAGGGACUUUCCAGACAGAUCCAGGAACUGCAUAAGAAGCACUCCUCAGAAUCUCUACGUGCCGAGAAAUGGCAGUUUGAGUUCCAGACUCUUAAAGAGAAGUAUGAAGCUCUACAGAAGGAAAAAGAGGUGAGCCUGGGUACUGCUGUACAAUGA